AUGGACGAGACGGAACGGCUGGCCAAGAUCCUUCGCACUGCUAGCGACAGGGCUCGAUUCGAUGAGUUGAUGGUGCGAGACUGUUUGAAAGAGCUGAAAGCUGUGGUCAUGACAAAGGACAUCCUCAACUCCACCAAGAUUGGUAUCAUUGUGAGCAAGGUGAAGCGUGAUUGCAAACUUGGCGAAACACAGCAGCUGGCCAAGGCGCUACUUGCAGACUGGCGUGCUCAAGUCGGUUUGCAAGAUUCCAAGGCUGCACGAAAUGCCAAAAACAACAAGUCGAGCGUCAAAGGCGACGAUGGUGCUCUCAAGUCGCCCUUGCCACGUGGAUCGGAUGGUAAGGCAGCUCAAACAGUGCUAGAGCCACACCACCGGUGCGACGACCCCGUGCGCAACAAGUUUCGUGAGCUCUUGUGCAAAAAGCUCUCCGCCUCAAUCAAACCAGAAGACACGGCCAAUGCCGGGAUGGUGGCGGCUGACAUUGAAAAUGCGUGCUUCAUCAAGCACUCCGAUUCUGCAUCCGAGGAUUACCGUGCUCUUACGCGAAGCCGCAUCCAAUAUUGCAAGGACUGGAUCCGCGGUGCCCUCAUGCAAGAGGUCAUGGCACCAGAGGAAUUUGUCAAGCUGAGCGGCAGCGCGCUGCUGUCUAAGGAACAACAAGACGUUUUGCAGAAAGAUCUCGAGAAGGCCUCACACGACCGCGCCUUGGCCGUGGCGGAAGGCGCCUCCACAGACCAGCUUGUGUGCCCACGUUGCAAGGCCCGGGAUGCCUCGUACACGGAGGUGCAGACGCGAUCGGCCGAUGAACCCAUGACUAUUUUUGCCAGCUGUAAAAAAUGCGGCAAGCGUUGGCGUGCUUGAGCAAAAGGGAAAUGGGCGAGUUCGCACUACGGCAGAAACGUGUCAGCGUCAUUCAAUCAAUCAUUCAAUCAGG